GCUAAAUAUGGGCGAGAAAGUUUAGUUGGCGAAGAUCAAAGUUUAGUUGGCGAAGAUCUAUCGACUGGGAGGCACGACAAUGGGCAUUGGCGUUGGCACGACAAUGGGCACUGGCGUUGGUGCACGACAAUGGGCACGGGCGCUGGUGCACCGGUGAAGCUUGGGCGUUGGCGCGAGGGUGAGGGCACUGACAUCCGGGCGUGGGCACGAGGGUGCUGGGUGCUUGGCUGUGGCUGCUAUGUGCCUGGCUAUAGCUGCUGGCGCUUAGUUGGUUUUUGGCACUGGUGGAGUAUGAAAAAAGCAUAA